AUGUCAUACGGCCCCGUGGAACGAAUCCAUCGUAUCCACGCUGAUAUCUCGAGAUACUUCCGGUUUGUCAUGCUCUCUCACCGCUGGGGACAAGGCGAACCAUCACUGCGCGACAUCCAAGGUCACAGAAUAUAUGACAUGACACCAAGCGGGGGUGUCAAAAAGCUCCAGAAUUUUUGCCUUACUGCUCUCAAGCGAGGUUACCUGUGGGCGUGGUGUGAUACUUGCUGCAUAGACAAAGAGAGCAGUGCUGAGUUACAAGAGGCGAUAGGAUCGAUGUUCGGGUGGUAUCGGCGAUCUGCCCUAACGAUCGUGUAUCUUGCCGACGUUCCUGAGACUGGGUCAUUUGCUAGGAGCCAAUGGUUCGGACGUGGAUGGACCCUCCAAGAACUGUUGGCCCCUCGCACCGUUCUGUUCUACACUCGAACCUGGUCGCUGUACAAAAAUAUCGAAUCUUCGAAUCAUAAAACAGAUGCUGCUGUGCUGGAAGAACUUGCAAGGGCAACCGGAAUCGCAUCUCGGUUCCUCACCGAUUUUACUCCUGGCCUGGAGGAAGCACGCUCGAGACUUCGAUGGGCAUCGUCACGUCGUACCACCCGUCCUGAGGACAUCGCCUACUCGCUUUUUGGAACCUUCAAUCUUCAUCUACCCGUUCUUUACGGCGAAUCUGCAGAGUUCGCUCUAGGACGUCUCCUAGUAGAAGUCAUAUCACGGUCUGGGGAUAUCUCGAUUCUGGACUGGGUCGGGGAGGCAUCA